AUGGCUACGUUAGAUUACUAUGAUCCUUCUUGGGGUGUUAAUGCUUACUACAGCAGAGAAAACAAUGCUUUAGUUACACUUAAUGCUUAUUUACAGCCACCUAUAUUUAACCAUGAUUUUCCAGCAGCAUUUAAUUAUGCGGGAAUUGGAGUAACUCUUGGACAUGAACUAACUCAUGCUUUCGAUGCUUGGGGAUCUUAUUACGACGCAGAGGGAAAGUACAACAAUGAUUGGUUGCUACCAGAUAUACGUCGUAAAUUUCAAGAGCGAAAGCAAUGUUUUGUGAAACAAUAUGGAAAUAUUAGGGUACAAGUUGAUGGAACACUUUUAUCAAUAAAUGGCUCAUUGACAGCUAAUGAAAAUAUUGCUGACAACGGUGGACUUAUUGCAGCAUUUAAUGCUUUUCAACUGCUUAGACAAAAAGUUAAUUAUCCCAAGCAUGUAUUUAAUGGUUUAAGACAAUAUAAUGACGAACAACUUUUCUUCAUUCACUAUGCUUAUCGCCAAUGCUCCAAGAUGGGUCAAAUAUGGCUUAGGCAACGUCUCAGUGUGGGACAACACUCUGUAACACCUGCGAGAGUCAAUGUGCCGCUUCAGAAUUUUCCGAAAUUUGCCAAGGCAUUUAAAUGUCCUUUAGGGUCAGCAAUGAACCCUUAUUUAAAAUGUUCUCUUUGGUGA